CGGUAUCAUCCCCUGCCUCUGAGUGGUUCGACGCUGGCGAUGUGAUACCGGCCGCACCCAGCAUAUAUUCGGGGACGGCUUCCUGACCCCCGCCUCUCCAUCUUGCCUCUUCGUCUCGCCUCUUCGUCUCGCCUCUGCAUCCGAUUCCUCAUCGACCAUCCCUCUUCCUGAUUUGGACCUGAUUCAUCUCCGCCGCCAUGUCCGAACCUGUUUGCACUCUCAAUGCACUUCACCAUGACACCACAGCCGUGUUUGGGCUCGGGUUGGACAGCGUUGCUGCCAAUGCCAUGCCAAACGAGGACAUUUCAUGUUCUGAUGCCCAAGAAUGCUCGACCAGCGCUCCCCUGGCCAAUGUGCCCGAGCCUGGUGUUGCAGAGCGGCAAGGUGCCCUUGUCCACUCGUCCCUCGUCGAGCAGGACCUCCUCACCGUACUCAUCUGCAACGACGCCUUCCUCGAGAACAUCGAUCUCACCACGCUCUCAAGACUCCCUCAGCUUGCCAAAGAGCACAAGGGCAUCCUGGCCCUCAUCCCAAGCGAUAUCUGGAUGGAGUACUUUUGCCGCGAUAUGGGAAUCAAUAUCGACGCCUUCAAAGCCAGAACGGUGUAUCUCGAACCCGCUCAUCGAAGACUCCUCCUCGAGGGAUGCUACUGCUUCUACAAACGAACGACGGACCUCCCGCCUGGGUUCUCUUCCUAUCAGAAGGAGUUGGCCCUCUGGCGGGCCAUGGAACAAUCCGAGAAACUGCGAGAGAUCGCCGGAGCGAUCUUACCGGAUACGUUCCAGUCGACUGGUGGCGCCUGUCCGUGCCAAGUGGCAGCUCUUACUCCCGAUGAUCUGAAUGACCUCAGCCCCGCCCACCAGUUCAACUUGAUGGACAGUUCCUGGAUCGCCUACUCCCAGCAAUGUUCCUCCUGUCGCCUGCUAUCAUCAAUCUUUUCUUCACCAACGCCGACACGAACUAUCAUCCGCUUUGCCGAGCAUCCAUUCCACACUGACGAGCAGUGGUCGCACCUUCUCCCUCACGAAACUCACUUUCUCAACAACAUAUACGUCGAGGUUCUCCAUCUGACCAACUGUUCGUUCUCUUCGUUGUCCGGAUGGCCACAAGUGAUCACUCAAAUUGCUACACUGUGUAUCCGCGACCGGUCCGAGACCACUAUAAACAUGACCGGGAUGCCUGCGAUGCCGGACCUCACCAAGCUCGUUAUCGAAAGCACGGGCCGCAGCUUCGAAGGGAUGCCAGAGUGUCUGCCCUCGCUCAUUGAGUUGGACAUCUCUGCGUGCAACAAUGUUUCAUCACUGGCUGGCCUUGCACAGAUGCCCCAGCUUACCAGCCUGACUCUUCCGGACUCGAUCGAGACACUUGCCGGAAUGCCCUCCGGCCUCGAGAGUCUUAGGGUGCUCGACCUGAGCAGCUGCUCCAAGCUCUCGUCACUGGAUGGAAUGCCGUCCAUCCCGAAUCUGGGCAUCCUUAUCUUACCGAGUGGAAUCCAAACCCUCAAAGGAAUGCCCGAAACACUCCAGUGCCUUCACACCCUCAACUUGAGGCGCUGCAAUCUACUGACCUCAUUGGAAUUUAUGGCUUCACCAUCGUCUCUGUCCGUGCUCGAGCUUCCAGAGUCUAUCGAGAGCCUCGAAGGGCUACCAAGCUGUCUCGAGGACUUAAAGUCGCUUGAUCUCUCACAUUGCGAGAGGCUUGUGUCCCUCAAGGGCAUGUCCUCCAUGCCCCGACUCGAGUCGCUUGAACUGCCCGAGUCUCUUCGCUCGCUGGACGGGAUGCCCUCCGAUCUCAAGCAACUCGAGACCCUGGACAUGUCCAAGUGCUGCCUCCUCAGCUCGCUCAAGGGCCUGCAUCCGCUCCCCAGCUUGAAGUCGCUGAAGCUGCCACAUCCGAGCGAGGGGGCAUUGAGUUUGUCCGAUUGGGCCGACUGGGUUCGGUCGCUCCCAGAAUACCAAGAUUACCUUUCAUCGGAUGGCUCGCUCGCCUCGCUCAUGCCAUCGCUCGAAGCCAUGUGGCUGUCCACGUCACUGGUCGGUUUGGAUGGGCUUGACAAGACAUUUGAGUCAGUCAAGACUGUCUGGUUGCGAUCAUACGGAGACUUCAAGUCCGUCAUCAAGUCACCGCCACUGCCUGCUCUGGAAGAACUUUGGAUCACGGGCCCUCUUGACAACCUGGAGUACAUAGCCGAGUUCUGUGGCUGGGCAAAACAUCUGCACCUGGAGGAGGUAGAGGGCCUCAAGUCGCUCGUGGGAAUGGUGGAGAUGCCUCUGUUGAUCUGCCUCCGACUCCCGUCGUCCAUUGAAUCGCUCGAAGGCAUGCCGUCGUCGCUUGAUUCGCUCGUCAACUUUGAACUCACCAUCUGCAAAAACCUGAAAUCGCUCCAAGGACUGUCGAGCAUGGGAUCGAUUUCGAAGCUCGAGCUCCCAUCGUCGAUCGAGACCCUGGAGGGGAUGUCUUCUCUUCAAGACCUCCGAGUCCUGGACAUCUCGAAAUGCGGCGAUCUGCAGUCCCUCUGUGGUCUCGUCAGUCUCCCCAGUUUGCGCUCGCUUCAGCUCCCUGACAGUAUCACGUCCCUCGACAUUGCGUCCGUGUGCUUGGAAUCGCUUGUGGAACUGUCGCUGCAAUCGUGCUCGUCUCUGGAGUCGCUGCAGGGCUUCCCCGAAGUCCCGAAUCUGGAGGUCCUGGUGCUUCCUCAAUCCCUCAAGAACUUGACGGGUCUUCCGCCGAUUUUGCCUGUGCUGAAGACCCUUCGAAUUGCAAACACAAACGAGCGCAGUGAUGGCGCCACAAAGUUCGAGGGGUGUCCGUUGAUGCCAAUGCUGGAGUGCCUUGAUCUUUCGGGCUCAGUGGAAAGCCUCGAGGGACUGGCUCCGACACUGGAGUCUCUCAAGACUCUCACCGUAGGAUCGAGCCUGUCGACGGAACUGGUGGCUGGAAUGCCACAGAUGCCCAAUCUGGAGAAACUUGAGCUGCAUCCGUCAAACUCGAGUGCUCAGGACCUUGCAUCAGCCAUCCAGUCCUAUCGGCCCGACAUUAUCGUUGAAGACCUGGACGAGGAUAACGAAACAACUUCCGACCUGAUCGAGGGCUUGAUUGCCCUGAGAACUCUCGAGUAUAUGUUGGCUAUGCUUUCGCUGUUCUCGAACUAGCCAGAGAAGCCGCCGACACAAUGUAGCGCUCUGGCGAUGCCAGUGACUCGAGGGUGCGGCCUGACGAUACUGUUUUCUUUGCUUGUUUUCUCUGCUUGUUUUCUCUGUCUAUGGUCUCUGUCUGUGGUCUCUGCUUAAAUACAUGUCUCUAU